AGCUACACUGUGAAGCACCACCGGCCGGGCCGACGGAGACGAGGGGCGGUGGACCCCAUAAUGGGACAGCUGCCUCAUGCGUUAGACCCGUACCCCCCAGAGUCCCGGCUGUUCUACAGACUGUCAGCCUACGGAAAGCACUUUCACUUAAACCUGACACUCAACCCCCACCUGGUGUCAAAACAUUUCACAGUGGAGUACUGGGGCAAAGAGGGGCUUGAGUGGCGUCAUAACAUGGUAGAUAACUGUCACUAUGUUGGAUUCUUGCAAAAUCAGCACAGCACGACCCGAGUGGCACUCAGCAACUGCAAGGGCCUGCAUGGUGUUAUAACAACAGAGGAAGAACAGUAUUUGAUAGAGCCAUUAAAGAACAUAUCCUCCACCACCUCCAGUGAAUGGAACCUGGAAGAAGCACAGCAACAUGUUAUUUAUAAAAUGUCUGCCAUUCCCUCACCACAAGAGCAUAGCCAGGAGUUCAGCUGUGGCAUUUCAGACCUCAUAAAAAGCAGUGCACCUUGCCAGUUCAGCACACCUUCCCCUGUCCACUCGUCCCCCGCGCCCCAGAACGACAGCGAGCAGUCGAACAGCACCCACAGACAGAGGCGCUCCGUCAGCACGGAGCGCUUCGUGGAGACGCUGGUGGUGGCGGAUAAAAUGAUGGUCGGUUACCACGGACGCAAAGACAUUGAGCACUACAUCUUGUCUGUGAUGAAUAUUGUCAGGUUGCCAAACUUUACCGUGAUGCCAGUCUAGGAAAUGUUGUGAACAUUAUUGUGACCCGGCUGAUUGUUCUGACUGAAGAUCAG